AUGGGCUCGCUCAAGUCAUUCAUCACAUCUGUGCGCAAGGCCAAGACCAUUGCGGAUGAGCGGGCCGCCAUCCGCAAAGAAUCGGCCGCCAUCCGGUCUUCGAUCCGCGACACAUCAAUCGACGAGAGAUCUCGUCGCACGUUGAUCGCAAAACUCAUUUAUCUGUACAUUUUGGGAGAACCAACGCAUUUUGGGCAGGUUGAAUGUCUAAAGUUACUUGCAACGCAGAGUUUCACUUCAAAAAGGCUCGGGUACCUGGCUACUAUGCUGAUUCUAGACGAGAACCAGGAGGUUUUGACGCUAUUGACAAACUCCUUGGAUAACGAUCUCCAGCACUCAAACCAACUUUUUGUGGGAUUAGCUCUGGUGACACUGGGAAAUAUUGCAUCCACAGAAUUGGCGCGUGAUUUGUACACCAACGUGUCUCGCUUGGUCCAAUCCUCAAACCCGUACAUUCGCAAAAAGGCGAUUAUGGUGGCUGCAAAACUCAUUCAGAAAGACCCUGACUUGACGGAAUUCUUUAUUGAGCUGGUUCCGUCUCUUUUGACUAGUGCCAAGACCCACGGCGAGUGGUUGGCUUCGUUAGCACUGGUCAAGUCGUGCUACGAGCUCGGGGCAGAUCGCCAAUUGCUCAGAGCUCAGGUUCCUCAAUUGCUUACUCAACUUACAAGUCUUAGAACGACCGGGUUCUCGCCUGAGUAUGACGUGGCAGGCGUUCCAGACCCAUUUCUGUUUGUAAGUCUGCUUCAAACGCUGCGGGUUUUGAUGGCAGAUGACUACUCUGACGAGAAGAACAUUGACAGGCUAACUGACUUGCUGACGCAGAUUGCGUCAAAGGUGGAGACACUUAAGAAUGCGCCAAAUGCAGUUCUUUAUGAGGUGGUUAAGACUAUUUUCGAGAUCCAAUCGGAUUCGUCACUGAAGAUUUUGGGUGUGAACGUUCUGGGCAAGUUUCUUGGUUCUAAGGACAACAACUCGCGCUAUGUCGCGCUUAACACGCUGCUAACUGUGGUCCAGCAUGAACCAAAGGCUGUUCAAAGACACAGGGCCACUGUGGUUGCUUGUUUACGUGACCAGGAUAUCUCCAUUCGUCGCAGGGCCCUUGAGCUCUCGUUUGCCAUUCUGGAUAAGAAUAAUAUCCGAGUCAUGAUCAAAGAGUUGAUUCUCUUCCUGCACACUGCUGAGACCGACUUGAAGCCUUACUUGACUGGUCAAUUGACGCUGGCGAUUGAACGCUAUUCGCCCAGCGAAAGAUGGGAAUUUGAGACGCUCAUCUCAAUUCUGAGCGUUUCUGGGAACUUUUUCGAGUUCGACAUCGUUUCCUCCAUCCUGGGUAUUAUCAUGAGGUGUUCAGAUGGCGAACUAGUUCGCUGGGUGACUCAGCAACUGUUCGAAGAGAGUCUCAAGACCCAGGAUCAGUUUGCACUCAAUCUUAUCUGUUGUUGGUGUCUUGGCGAGUAUGGUGAGUCGAUUUUCGGUUCCGUGUCGCCUGAAAAGAUUGUCUCUUUGCUUCAAACGCUGCUGGUAGAGUCGCAUUACGAGGAUAAAUCCAAUACAGAGCAACUUGUGAAGUACGGACUGAUGGCGUCUUUAAAAUUGUCAGUGAAAUUACAGCAAUACCCGCAAUUGGUUGAGAGUCUGCGCCAACUGAUUGCAUCCAAGGCUAAUGAUAUUAAUCUUGAAAUCCAGAUCCGUGCAAUCGAAUAUGGUGAGAUCUUCGUCCAGCCUCUUGAUGUGAAGAAGGGUUUAUUGGAGAAAAUGCCUGCCCCAGCUUUCAAGUCUCACAAAGGAGCUUCUCUUUCUACUGCUGUGCCGCAAAAGAAGGCUGUUGCGAAGCAGGAACCUGAUUUAUUAGACUUAUUGGGUGAUGAUAUUCCCCAGGAGGCAGUCAAACCAUCCACAGAGACACUAGAUUUGAUCUCUGGUCUGUUUUCGGCUCCAAUCGCUCCAAUCGCUCCUGUGGCGGUGUCAGAACCCGACGUGGAACCGGUGGUGGAAUAUACAGACGCUUUCCACGACAGUAACGUUCAUGUCUCGUUCCGGAUCAAGUCUAGUGAGCCAGGUCAUGCUGUGUUGGAGUCUCGCAUAACUAACACGUCUAUCGGGGUGGUUUCGCAGAUUUCCAUGUUGGUCGCGGUCACAAAAUCCUUGAAAUUGCAGCUUUUGCCGAUGACGGGCACUUCUAUUGGUCCGGGUGAUUCAGUUUACCAGCAGCUCAGCGUUUCUGGCAAACAAGGAGCAAAGAUCAAACUCAGGGUGAAACUGUCAUAUGAGAAUGUGGCGCCAGUAGAGACUCAGUUUGAUUUCGCUGGUUUGGGGCAGACUUUGUGA